AUGCAAACCACAUUGCUUCUCCCAGAGCGUCCAAACAUCUGCAUCGUUGUGGAAGGACUGGAUCGCUCUGGCAAGAGCACACAAUGCCAGCUCCUAGUGGACUCAUUGAAUGCCCAACGCCCAGAGUCAUGCAAGCUGCUCAAGUUUCCCGACAGAUCAACUACUAUUGGCAAGAUGAUACAUGCCUAUCUCACAUCUGAGGCCGAUCUGGACGAUCGAGCCAUUCAUCUCCUAUUCUCUGCGAAUCGCUGGGAAGCAGAAUCUGCUAUGCGUCAAGAUAUUGAGAAUGGUAUCACACUUGUCUUGGACCGCUACAUUUACUCUGGCGCAGCUUUCAGUAUCAUCAAGGGCCUCAACCCAACUUGGUGUCGCGCCUGCGAUAUCGGCCUCCCAUCGCCAGAUCUUGUCCUCUUUUUGGACCUAUCGGUAGAAACAGCUGCCAAAAGAGGAGGCUUUGGCGAAGAACGUUACGAGAAGGCUGAUUUGCAGUACAAGGUCCGGCAAGCUUUUCUAGAGAUGGCCAAAGCGGGUGGCGUGACGUGGCAGAUGUUUGACGCAAAUACCAGUAUUGAUGACCUGGCCUCGCAGAUUGAAAGCACAGUGAAGCAUCACUGUCGCCAAGUUUCUACCAAUGCCUUGAAGUCAGUAUGCUGA